GUCGUUCAGUCGGACACUAGGGCUGAUGCUGAUGACCGUAUACAAGUAGGCUAUUUAUAAACCCCUUAGGUUAGUGGCGUCCACAGUGACAUUAAUUCAGAUAGCAGAGAAAAACAGACAUUUGAGUGUAGAAGUAGUUGAUUUUACCGACUGCGUAUUUAUUGCAACUGCUCACCAGCUCAUCACAAACACAGCAUGGAUCCUAACGGCACAGCUUUUCCAGUCCAGCUUUAUAUUUAUGAUCUGUCGAGGGGGAUGGCUCGCCAGCUGAGCCCUAUAAUGCUGGGGAAGCAGCUUGAUGGAAUUUGGCAUACCUCCAUAGUGGUGUAUGGAGAGGAGUUCUUCUUUGGAGGCGUGGGCAUCUCCAGCUGUCCCCCGGGUGGCACAAUGCUUGGCCCACCAGAUACAGUGGUGGAGUUGGGAAACACUGAGGUUACCGAAGAGAUUUUUAUGGACUACCUAUCAUCACUCGGAGAGACCACAUACAGAGGGGAGCGGUACAGGUUGUUUGAGCACAACUGCAACACCUUCACCAAUGAAGUGGCUCAGUUUCUAACAGGCAAGAAGAUUCCUUCCUACAUCACAGACCUGCCAUCUGAGGUGCUCUCCACCCCGUUUGGUCAGGUUUUGAGGCCCAUCCUGGACUCCAUCCAUAUUGCACCCCCAGGUGGAAAUGUCAUCAACAGCCAUAAUAAUCACAGCUAAACUUCUUCAGUCGGCUCUUUACACUCUCAGCAGAUACAGUCGUAUGCAAAAGUUUGAAUACCCCUUGUCAAAUCACGUUUUGCUGAUUCUCUAUGUGAAAACAAGUCAACACAUCCUCUAAAUACAGCACAUUAAAAGAUUGCAUUUUUCUGCUAAUUUUAGUGCUGAACUUUAUAGUUCAUGCACCAGUCUGAUACUCUGUCACCAUGGCAGCAUCAUGCCUCCAACAGCCACGUAUUGCUGUGAUUAAGCAGCAUUAGUGUUUGAAGUGCAUUUUUCCAAAACGUGAUAAACAAAAGAAAAAGUUUUUAUAAACAUAACAGAAAACUCUCAAAUUGCAUCAGAAUAAAAGCCCAUGCAGCAACUUUUCUCUGAACUGUAUCAGUUUUGCAAGUGAAAAACUAUUUCAUAGGACUGCGCUAUCAUUUUCAUGUAGCCUAAAAAAUUAUAGUUAAUAAACUUAAUAACUUGAAUAAUUUGGUUAAAUAUAAAAUGAAUAAUAAGGGUGCCUCAUUUUAAAAACCCUCAAUUUAAAUGUCAUGUAACAAGACAAGCAGAAGGACUCAUGCUGGCUAAUGACAUGUCUGCAAUUUGGAGGUAUUUUACACCUAAUACAGCUGCUAGCAGUGCAGCAGCCUGUAAUAUUUCAAAAGCUAAACUUUACUGCACUGAAAUGUUUACACUGUAAUUAUAAUUACUGUUUAUUUUCCUGUUGCAUUAUUCAGAAGCAUAUUAAUAACAUGUUUUUUGUAAUACUUCAUUUUUGUUUUUCAUUCUUUUUCAUUUUUAUUACUCUUUUGCUCUAAUUACAGCCACGUGUUGGACACAUUGAGGUGUACAGAAUUAAAAACAAUUUUAGAAAAAAAGCCCUGAUAUAACUCUGUAUUGGCCGAUACCUAGAGUUCAGGUAUUGGAGUUGGUAUCAGAAGAGAAAGACUGGGAUUAGUGUAACUCAACAGUUUAACAUAUUGGAACAAAAUAAAUGUGUUUAAUGUGUUUAUUUUUUCCAGUAUGUUAAAGUCAGAAAAUAAACAGUAAUUACAUUAAGACGUGUGUUCUCUGUAGAGGGUGUGUUAACUU